CCGAGCAUCACAUUCCCAGCCAAACCUACACGUGAGACCAGGCGUGGCAGCGUAUUUUCACAAGUGGCUCCAUGCCCAGUCAUUACCCCUUCCAUCCAAAGACCCUUCGAGCCGUGUGUGGGCAGCUCCUCCGGGUCAGCAUGGAGUCUCACAGGAUGAACGUGCAUGAUGCGAUCCACGACAUGCGAUCCAGCUUGAAUCCGUCGUCAUGCACUUGAAUCGCGACGCGAGUCAAGACAAUCCAUGUUGCAGCGACCACGACCGCGUCGGUCCCGCUACUGCAGCUCACGACGCGCCGACCAUUUCACGGACCCGCUAGCGUUCGACCUCACACACGGUCGCGACGACGACUCACGGUUGCGUUUGGGUCGGUCAGACAAAGCGCGAGGACGCCGCAUCCAUGGAUUUCGCCGGUGCCAAUGUACACGUCGACGGUGACACUUGACCUCCCUCCAGCGACCCUCGGCUGUCGUUGGAGCCCAACGUGAAGGGACCUCGAUCGCGCAACUCGUAGCUGGAUUAGCAGUGGGCAUGUCGUCCAUCGAGCCCAAUGCCUUUUCACAAACUCACGUGCUCAAGCACAGCCUCGAGAACAACGCGCGUCCCCCAUCCCUUACCAGCCUUAAAAUAGCGGCCCUUCAGCGCAUCAUUGCGUCGCGACCAUGGCCGUUUCGACCGCGCAAAAACGCAGUACUUGGCACAAUCCGUUUCGAAUGCUGCACAACGUCGCCGCGCACGUCAAGGGAUGGUUCACAAAGCGACCGAAGGGUCACCCUCAAGCCAUCCACGACGACGCUGCAUUCCCUCUUCACGUUGACCAGGUCCACGCGUCGUUUCCACCGCCUUCGACCAAUGUGUCCCCGCUCUUGUCGCCAACGGCAUCGUCGGUCGACGCACCACACACUUUGCCAAAGGCCAAAGUUCGGCUUGUCGUUCGAGUUGAUGAUCGCACCAUCCAUUGUACUCGUGUGGCAGUCGAGGAUUUGUGCUCAACACACCACUUUGCGCUGUCCCAUCGAUGGCAGGAGAGAUCCCUUGCGCUGGGAUGCGAGUCGUUCACGGUGCGAUGCGACAACGAGCCGCCGUACGCUGUCCCGCUCACACAAGCGGAGGCCCGCCAGCUUUCCACGUACAUCGCGACGUUGAUGCCGACCGACCAGGACAACAAUCGGGCACGUGGGAUCUGGCUCGACUACGUGUGCAUGAACCCGACGAGUGGUUCGGACAUUGCGGCGCAGAUGAAUCUGUUUGGCGCAAUCUUUGCCACCGCCACGACCAUUCCCACAUCGGAUGGGCUUGAUCCGGUCGUGCCCACGUCGGACGAGUACUUUGUGGUGCACCAAGAGCGUCAUUUUGGUCAUGUCCGAUUCGUCUGGUCCGACAUGGACAAGGUCGAGUUGCAUCUGUUGAUGCGCCUCGCAACCAAUGCCGCGGCUCGCGUCCCUGGGUUGACGGACUUUCUUCCGCUCAUCGAUAUGCCGUACACGUUGUAUGAGUCGUGGCGCUUGAUUGCUCUCGAGAAACUCGUCGCAGUCGACUACCCGACCACCGCCACAUUGUGCCGCCACAUGCUUCAGCUCGCGCAGGAGCCGCGCACGGUCGCGAACCAACGAGACCUCGCGAUCACGGCGCUGCGCAUUCGUGAACUCAUUCCAUGCUUCCACGAAGUGGACCCGGCGACGUGGCAGCAGCACCUGUUUGCCACAGGCCGUGCGAAAGAUCUCUUGUUCCAUACGUGGGCAGUCCCGCUCCAUUUGCAAGGCCUCGACGUCCCCUACGACCGCCCCGAUCGUGCGUGGGAUUGCAUCGCGACCCAUUUCCCAGACGCUGACUACGGCUACUACGCUCCCCAUGAUGCUCCACAGGCGCCUUACGGAGGGUCGACGAGUUUUGCCAACAUUGGGUUUGCUCCAGUGCGAGAACUCGUCCGUCACAUGGUGCAUAACACGGUGGCGGCGGCGGCACCGGCUGUCGGAUCUACCAGCUUGGUCACGCACUCGUGGACAUACAGGCUGGCAUGGGAUAUGGGCCAUGUCGCGGUCGCAUGGGAUGUGAAACUGCCUCAUCAGACUUUUCACUUCGUCGCGUCGCAUGCGUGCUUGCUCCGCGGCGUGAAGCAGCACAAGUGUGACAAGGCGUCCAAAAAGUCGAACCAUCAUCAUCCCCGCGGGAGCACGAGUGUUGAAGGAAGCCGCAGCAACGCAGACACGCCCGUGGUCGACUAUCGCGACAACGACACGAUCGCCAACGACGUCGACGAAGACAACAACGGACACACGGACGGCCGCAUGCGCAAGUUUGUCGUACUCGUUGCGCGCUUGCGGCGUCUUGGCGCGGCCAUAGCUCCCGAUGUCGCGGACUUGGACGUCGCGAUGGAGAUCAAAAGGCAAAUGGAACGCAUUGCCAUUGAAGCAUCCGGGCUGUCAUGAAGAUCGUAGUCGGCCUUAUAAAUACAAGUUGUCUGUAACGAUGCGGUCGAGCUGCCACAUAUGACUCACGGCAUCGUCGUCUUCUGCGCAGUUGUCGUAUCUGACGUCGUAACGAUUGCUCGUCUCCUGUAGUACGUCGUCGAAAUCCUCGCCAUGGUUGUGCUGACAGGCUCCGUUGAGUUGAGUUGGCCAAUGCUUGCCAUCAGAUGUUACGUCGGCAACCGCAUUCUGCCUGUCGAUGGCCGAGUGGGGAUAGUGAGAGUGUUGCUUGUGGACCGACUCCUUGUCUGCGUCUUGCUUCACUUGGAUUUUGUCGUGAUCCGCUAAUGUGUCGCAAUAGCCUUUGUGGAGCUUUUUCUCCGAGGUUGGCGCCGGUGAUACAGCAACAGACACAAUACCAGAGGACUUGUGAAGCGAAUUCAUAGCCUUCGAGAGAAAUGAUCCAAGCAACAACACGCGGUUGUUGGUUGGUUGAGGUAGCUCAUGCACUGGCAAAGCACCAUCUCGGACCUCUUCUUCAUUCAGGAAGCCAGGGUUACCACGGUCAUUCUCAGCUCCUUCAUGCCAGUGAUUUUUGCUUUCGUCCAAGAUUGACAUGAUUCUUGUGCAGCUCGUCGAGUUGUUCCGCGCUUCCCGCUCGUCGAUAUGGUGUUGUAACCUCGAUUUGUCAUCUCCCUACACGUUCGACACCAGUGAAUGCUAUCGAUUGGAAGUUUAUGUGCCGCAGGUCCCCCCUCAUGCAACGAGAAG